AUGGCGGUGUCGUUGGAGUGGUUGCCGAUGAGCUUGGAGCACCGUAGAGUGGCAGACCGUUGUGGCGAGAAUCUGAUGACAGUAGGCAAUUUGGGUGUGUGCUUUGGUCCUACGCUUUUACGGCCGAAAGAGGAGACAAUGGCUGCAAUUAUGGAUAUCAAAUUCUGCAAUGUCGUUGUCGAAGUGCUCAUAGCAAAUUGUGAACAG